GCCCUCUUAGACCGCACUCUAUUCAAAGGGUACUCUAUUCGCUAGGGGAACUCUAAUCGAUAUUUUACGUUAGACAAGUAACAACCCAACGAUUAGUCGAUCCUGAUUGUCCAUAGUGAAUCGUAGUAUAGCGUUGAACAGCGCUUUCCCAUAGUGUGCAGUAUCCUUCCUCCUUUUGCAGGCAUGUGGCGUCGUGGUCUCCUUUCCAGCGUGGCAUCAGCCCGCCUGCUCUCGCGUGGACAGCUCUCCCCGACAUCGCUGACACUCUCGCGGUCCAUCGCCAGCACAGCCCCGCUCCAGUACGGGAAGGCGCGCGCCAUCGAGCUCAAAUACCACGACGGGACAUGCACAUUAGCAGUGCCGCUACCUCUCAACGGAUUCGACGAAGAGCGCGUCUUCAGCAUCCCUCCAGAGACCACGGUGGCGGACAUCAUCGCUCAAAUUGAAGCUGAGGACAAGUCCGUGCAGAGUGUAUCCAUUCGUUCCGCUCGAGGAGAAGAGUUCCAGCCUGAAGAUACGCUCCAAAAGGUGCUUACAGACGACUUUGAGCUCCUUCUGAACGACCAAGUGCUCCCAGUGAGAGCCCCCGUAUUCACGGGCAGCGCGUACCAGAGUCUGGCCGAUGACGGCGACCUGGACGUGCGCUCUGUGGCGCAGAAGGCAGCCAUCAUCAUGCUACGCAGCGACCUGGAGCGACUUGGCAAGUGGAAAAUCAGCCAGCCGGAGUUCAUGCACAUGUGUCAAGAGAGAGGUAUCCCUAAGAAGCAAGCACCCGAGGUGUUGCAGGCUUUCCAUCAGACCGGUGUGGUCUUUUACUUUGGCAAGUCGGACGACGAAGACUUGACGCACUCGGUGUUCCUACAGCCUCGCAGUAUCCUAGACUCGCACUUGGAGUCGAUUGGCCUGUCGCCAUUGUCGUCGCAGCUCUUCCAGCAGCAGCGAGAGACACUACUAGCCAAAAUACAGGCACUGGAGCCGGAGCAUGUGGCGCUAGUGAACUUACGCCGUGAACUGGAGGCAACUGCGACGCGGCAGGCCAAUGUCAUUGCCUACGGACUGUCCACGUCGCUUGUUGGAGCCUUCGGUCUGUACUUCUGGCUGUCGUUUAUCCACUUUUCGUGGGAUAUCAUGGAACCGGUGACGUACUUCACGGGCUUCGGCGUGUCCAUUAUUGGGUACGCCUGGUGGAGUCUUACGAACCAGGAAUACGAGUACGAGAACAUCUACCACUACGUCUACACUCGACGCCUUCGAAAGCAGAUGGCCAAGUCGAAGUUUGAUCAGAAGCGCUUUGACGCUUUGACGGAGGAGCUAAGGCAGGCGAGGGAGCAGCUAGCGCAGAUGGAGCUGGUGCUCAGCAAGUCGACGCCGUUGCAGUCCAACUAUCUGCAUCUGCUGGACACUACGCGACAGCUUAAGCCACCGGCGCUUGCGGUUCCACACUCUUCGCCUAAGGAAGAGGACGCACCCGUGUCUGUAUAGAUUUUUCAGCGACUCCAGCGCACGGGUACGAAAAUUUAAGAUUGUUGUUUAAAACACCAGCCGCAGCACGAAUGGAAUGCGAAAUGGUCGGUGUGUGCAUUGUAAUACAGGAGUGCGCCAUGUGAGGCAAGAUUUUUUCAUGUUGAUGGCAAAGUUUCCACCCAAGAAGAUCUUUCAUUUUGUCGGCAACAAGCAACAAAGUUGUUGCACAAUUGAGGUCUUGCAACAAAAACGAGC